AUGUCCGGGCUCUUUGGUAGCGCGGCCCCAUCCACCACGACAAGCACAACCGGAGACCUUUCGAAGGAUGUCGCAUUAGUACAACCACCCGAAGACAGCACCUCGCAUCUUGCGUUCUCUCCUACGGGUGAAUUUCUGGCAGUGUCGUCAUGGGACAAGAAAGUGAGGAUAUAUCAGGUCAACGAGCAGGGCCAAAGUGAAGGCAAGGCCUCAAUGGAUUUCGAGGCGCCGGUCCUUAAUUGCGCCUGGUCAGAUGAUGGAUCCAAAGUAGCAGGGUGCGGCGCCGACAAAACCUUCCGCCUGCUGGACCUAGGCUCUGGCACCUCGACUCCCACGACCCUCAUCGCGCACGAACAGCCUGUCCGAUGCUGCCGGUUUGCCACGAUCAACAAUUCCGCCGUCCUAAUAACGGGUUCCUGGGACAAGACGGUCAAAUACUGGGACCUACGAACACCAAACCCCGUUGCAACACUGCAAUGUCAAGAUCGAGUCUACUCUAUGGACGUGAAGAAUCAGUUGCUUGUUAUCGGCACGGCGGAUCGCUAUAUCAACAUCGUUGGCUUCAACGAUCCUUCGAAGUUCUACAAGACAGUCCAGAGCCCACUGAAAUUCCAGACAAGGGUAGUUAGUUGCUUCACCGACGCGACAGGCUUUGCAGUGGGCAGUAUCGAGGGUCGCUGCGCCAUUCAGUACGUCGAAGAGAAGUCCGCAGACAACAAUUUCAGCUUCAAAUGCCACCGAGAUACGCCAACGACAGGUCCCAACCGAGACCUCGCAAAUGUCUACGCCGUCAAUGCGAUUUCUUUCCACCCCAUACACGGCACGUUUUCAACCGCGGGAAGUGAUGGCACAUUCCAUUUCUGGGAUGGCAAUGCGAAGCACAGAUUGAAGGGAUAUCCCGCUGUGGGAUCGCCGAUCACGGCCACGGCUUUCAAUCGACAAGGGACUGUGUUUGCAUAUGCAAUGUGCUAUGAUUGGAGUCAGGGUUACCAGAAGAAUACACCGCAAACACCCAACAAGAUCAUGUUACAUGGUGUGCAACCCGAGGAGGUGAAGCCCAGACCGGGUGGGAAGAAGAGAUAA